UUCUAAUGUGAAAGAAACUUGCGAUUUAAUAAACACUUGAAGAGUUGGUCAUGGACGUCGACUCGAUCAUUGAGGGUCUGGGUGGGUGCGGCCGCUUCCAGAAGGCAGUGGGCUUGGCCAGUCACGCUAUCAAGGUGCCCAUCGUGUUCACAAUGUACAUGACAUUCUUUUCCGUUGCCGUUCCCACGUGGCACUGUGCUGACAAUAACGGUGGAUAUGUUGGCGCCAACGCAAAUGGAGUUUCGAAAGACGUUGGUGUGACCGUAAUUUCAAAUUGGAAUUCGUCUUUAGAUUACCCUAAAACGUUUGUUAAUUCGUCAUGGAAUGAUUCUUCAAGUUACAACCCAUUUAAAUCAUGCACAAACCACCUGAACCAGCAGUGUAGCGAAUUUGUGUUUGACGACAAUUUCCAAACAAUAGUUUCUGAGUGGGAUAUGGUAUGCGGGCUGUCCUGGGUGCCAUCCACCAUCGCCUCCGUCCAAAUGGCCGGUCUUUUCUUCGGAAACUUGCUGAGCGGUCAGCUGGCGGACGUGCUCGGCCGAAAGCCACCUCUGUUUGGUUCCCUUCUCUUGCUCAUCGUCGCCAAUCUCCUCGCCUACUUUUCUUCAACCUGGCUUGUGUUCGGGGUCGCUAGGGCGCUCUGUGGAGUGGCUAUGGGGGCGUUUUUGACUGUUCAAUACGGUAUAACGUCAGAGGUGACGCCUUCGAACUGGCGCGCCUGUGUAAUCGCCGUUCCUUCUUGGGCCACGGGUGCCUGUGUGUUCAGCUUCGUGUCAUACCUUAUGCCCUACUGGCGGAAACUGCACCUUCUCACCGCUCUUAUCACCGUCCCCUGUCUUGCUGCAUGGUGGUUAAUACCCGAGAGUUUCCGAUGGUACCUGUCCCACAACCGUUCCCAGGACGCGCGAGGAGUCAUGAAAUAUAUCAGCCGCUUGAACCGGACGGAGUUAACGGACGAGAGCCUGCACGAAAUGUUGCGCGUUGAAAAGGGCGAGCUCGCCACAGGGGACAAACGGAAGUACUCUUUUAUCCAUCUCUUCAAGACAAGACGGCUGGUUAAGAUCACACUGCUGUCUGCGAUUAACUGGUUUGCACUGGGUCUGCUUUCGUACGGGAUCCGAUUCGGAAUCCAGGCGCUUUCAGGGAACUUCUUCCUAAAUCUCUUCCUGUUCAACGUCAUCGGCAUUCCCGUCGCCUUCAUUGCCAUCGUACUCACAAAUGUCAUUGGUCGGCGUCCAACUGUGAUUCUCACGUAUGUCAUGGCAACCGUGGGAUGUGUGGUCGUUGGGAUCGUGCAAUAUAUUGACACCCCGCUUCGGGCACCUCUGACCAACGGAUUUGCGUUAUUUGCGAGCGUUGGCAUUGAGCUUGCAUGGGGCCCCGUCCAGGUCAUGACCCAAGAGCUCUACCCCACCGUUAUCAGGAACAUUGGAUAUGGUUUCCAGAAUACGUUCUCAAGGGUCGGAGCCAUCAUAGGACCACAGUUGGCUUUUCUUGACACUCGCGUUCCGGGUGUUAUGUACUUCGUGUGCGGCGCGGUUGGCGGAUGUUGCAUCCUGGGGACGCUGGCGCUCUCGGAGACACGCGGUGCCCAGCUGCAGGACCGCAUCGACAUCAAUAUCGUUGCACCGUCCGCCAAAAUGAACAUAAAAAAAGGCAAAACACAACAUUGACAAAUAUAGAUGUUUACAGAUAGAUUUCUGAAGUGUGUUUAUCUAUCUAUAUAAACACCAUUCACCAUUUUGUUAAACAACUCUUAUUAAGAACUUUGUGUGUAGGUGAAAUAAUAAAACGUUAAGUAAGUGAGGAUAUCAUUAUCAUCAUAAGAGGAUAGGGUAUUUCCGAAUUAAACAAGUUAUCAUGAAAGUAAUUUAAUAUCAAACACGUGCCUAGAAUUUCAACGCGUGUGUUUAUAACAAACUACUGACGUCAUUCGUUGUGGAUUUCCUGCACACUGAUGCCCUAUUUGGUGAAAAAAAAGUUUCUGGAUAAUUCGGCACACAAUUCAUUCGGCACACGUAUAUGUUCGGCACUAAGUUAAUACGGCACCGUCAGUUCGGCACCAUCAGAUUGGAAAUAUAACCCGGCACUGGAUCAUUUUUCUGCUCACGUAUAGUCUUACUAUAGAAGCAUUUAGGGUUUCUUUUAUUUGAC